AGGACAUCAGUGAUGAUCUGAUGAAGGAGUUUGCUUUUCUGUCUGGUGGAAGAGGGAAGGACAAGGCUUGGAUUAUCACCCUCCCCGACAAUGCUGGCUUCAACGAGGUGCCUGAGGAGAAAGUGUCCAAAGUCUUAACGUACCUGACCUCAGUCCCAAGUCAGCAUGAGUCCGACACUAAAUUUAUCCUGAUCCUGGAUAGAAGACUGGACACAUGGACAUCAGUCAAAACGACUCUCCAAAAAAUAGCAGCGUCCUUCCCAGGGAAUCUGCACUUGGUGAUGGUUCUGCGUCCCACGGGGUUUUUCCAGCGCACCUUCACUGACAUUGGCUUUCGGUUCAGCCAGGAGGAUUUCCUGCUCAAGUUACCGGUGGUCAUGCUGAGCUCGGUGAGUGACCUGCUGACCUACAUCGAUGAGCAGCAGCUGACCCCGGAGCUGGGGGGCACUCUGGAGUACUGCCACAGCGAGUGGGUCGUCUUCAGGACGGCCAUAGAGAGCUUUGCACUGACCGUGAAGGAGAUUGCCCAGAUGCUGCAGUGCUUUGGCACGGAGCUGGCCGAGACGGAGCUGCCGGAGGACAUGAACUCCAUCGAGCACAUCCUGGCCCUGCGCACCCAGAGGUACUCCCAGCUCAAGGAAGAUAUUACAGCAGUCACAAAGGAGGGAAAGUUGCUUUUGAGCAGUUUUGAAGAGCCUGACUCUGGGGAGUGCAGUCAGGACCAGCAGCAGGAAAGGCCUGGGGACUGGGAGACUGUGAAUAGGUUGCUUGGUCAGCUGCAUGAGAUGGAGACUGCCUUUGAUGGCUUCUGGGAAAAACACCAGUUAAAAAUGGAGCAAUAUUUACAACUCUGGAAGUUUGAACAAAGUUUUCAAGAGGUCAAGAAUGCCAUUGAAUUUUUAAUGGGUCAGCAGGCAGAGCUGCCCGACACUGGUGACAGCAUCCCCCAGGUGAAACAGAGGCUCAAGGACCUGGAGCAUUUUGAUGGCAUGGCUCAGGAUCUGAUAGGGAAGGCUCAGGUGGUGAUCCUGCAUGGCCACCAGCUCGCAGCCAACCAUCACUAUGCCCUGAACCUGAUCUGCCAGCAGUGCAAUGAGCUGCGGCACCACUGCGACCUCCUGGCUGAUGAGAUCAAGAGGAAGCAGACGUGCCUGCAGAAGACCUUGGACCUUCACACCCACCUUCAGCAGGCUCUGCAGUGCUGUGAUGAAGGUGCCUACCUUCUCGCCAACCAGCAGAUGGAUAAGUGCCAAUCUAAGGAAGGUGCUCAGAAAGCACUCCAGGACAUAGAAAGAUUUCUUGAAAGCUCUUCAACCUACUUAAACUAUGAUCCCCAAGCCCUGUACUACGACUUUGAGUCAGUCUUAACACCUGAGUUGAAGUGCCAGGUCCAGUCUGUGCAGGUGAAGCUGGAGAACGUUCGCAGCCUGUUCGAGAGCCGCCAGUCCUGCUUCAAGAGGCUGCUGGACAAACACGUGAGGCCCGUCCAGCUGGUAGCUCCUCGGCCAGAGAACCCAUCCAGAUCCAAGUCACCCUUAUUCUCCCCUAAACAUGGUGUAGAUUUUAAUUCCAGUUUGAAAUUUUCAUUUGAUCUCUCUCUCCCUGGGAAGAAAACUUCAAGAAAAACUCCAAGUUCUCGCAAGAUCGAAGUCAUGCACGACUACCAGGAGAAGAGGAAUUCCUUGCAGUAUUUUAUUUCAGACAGUGAUGACAGCUUAGAUAUACUGAAAGGCCAUGUCAUAAAUGAGCUUAUAGAAACAGAGAGAGUGUAUGUGGAAGAACUCUUCACUGUUUUGACGGGCUACAGAGCUGAGAUGGACAAUCCUGCCAUGCUCAUCCUCCUGCCCCCUGUGCUGAGGAACAGGAAGGAUGUUCUCUUUGGAAACAUGCCCGAGAUCUAUGACUUCCACAACAAAAUUUUCCUGCACAGUUUGGAGAGCUGCCUGGGAGCACCCGAGAGAGUGGGAUGCUGUUUCCUAGACAGGCGGGAGGAUUUCCAGAUGUAUGAGAAGUACUGCCAGAACAAACCCCGCUCAGAGUCCCUGUGGAGGCAGUGCUCUGAGAGCUCCUUCUUCCAGGAAUGCCAGAGAAAAUUAGAACACAAACUGGGGCUGGAUUCCUAUCUGCUCAAACCAGUGCAGCGCCUGACAAAGUACCAGCUACUUCUGAAGGAGCUGCUCAAGUACAGCACAAGCUGUGAUGGAGUUCAGGAACUUCAAGAAGCUCUGGUUGCAAUGUUGGAUUUGCUGAAGUCAGUCAAUGACUCCAUGCAUCAGAUUUCAAUCACAGGAUAUGAUGGUGACCUGAGCGAGCUGGGGAAAGUAUUGAUGCAGGGAUCUUUCAGUGUUUGGACAGGACACCGAAAAGGGCCAACAAAGAUGAAGGAUCUGGCCAGGUUCAAGCCCAUGCAGAGGCACCUGUUUCUGUAUGAGAAAGCCUUGGUCUUCUGCAAGAAGCGAGAGGAGCACGGGGAUGGAUAUGACAAAACCUCAUCUUACAGCUUUAAGCACUUUCUGAAAAUGAAUGCAGUUGGAAUAACUGAGAAUGUGAAAGGAGAUCAUCGGAAAUUCGAGAUCUGGUACAGUGGGAGAGAAGAGGUGUAUGUGGUGCAGGCCCAAACAGUAGAUCUGAAGAUGGCAUGGUUGAAUGAAAUAAGAAAAAUUCUGUUCAAGCAGCAAGAGCUUAUAAAAGUGGAGAAGCAGCAGCCUGGCUCGUGCUCGGAGCAGCCACAGCUCUCCUCCCAGCUGGGUGACAGGAAGCAACAGCGAGCCUCCAUCAGCUCAGAAGAGAACGACUCGGAGCGCACCAGCCCGGUGAUGCUGGACAGUGGGCUCGUGUCCCCCCAGAGCAAACCCCCCAGAGGCUGGCCAGGAAUGUCCCAGUCCCUGGAAAUCUGUGAGGGGCUAGAGGAGUGGUCGGGGCAGCAGUACCUCUCCAACUGCUCGGACACCGAGGAGGAGGAUGGGAACCAGCUGUCUCCAGGAAAAUACAAAGCCCUUGCAGACUGCAAGAGGAGAGGAUCAGAGGACCUGUUGGUGAAAAACGGGGAUGAAAUUCAGCUCUUGCAUGAAGAUGGUGAGGGACAGUGGUUGGUGAAAAACCUGAACAGAAGAAAAGAAGGCUGGAUUCCUGUGCACAGUCUGCAGAUAGUAGUCGGUGACUGCAGAUUUCGGAAUGCCAAAGUUGCAGAUGCUGCCCUGUGUAACACAAGAAAGUUUAGUUCCCCUUGAAUUAAGGGUGAACUUGUAGCAUCCUAUUUUCGAUGCUCUUUGGAAGCUUUCAGCUAAGUGUUACAGAGAACUAGCACAGUAGUUGGAGUUGUCCUGUACUAUUCAUCACAUUCCCAGACCUCCACAGCUUCAUCUGCACUGAGUGGGACCGGGGUCCUAAGCAGCUUCUCAUGCUCAUAAAGGAAGCCAUUCUCUGCUCUUUGUUUCUUUUUGCCUGUGGAAAUUAUGGUAUUUUAUUGAUUUUUUUUCCUGCUGUUUUUCCAUGACAUGCAUCAUGUUUCAUCAGAGAAGUACACUACAGUUUCCUGACACUUUGUUUAGAUGCUUGAAAUUUCCUCUACAGGUUGAAGUAGGUUUUGCCUACUUAUUAGCUAACAACUGUUGAAGUUGCAAACAAGAGUUGAGUUUUUGGUAAACCAAAAAGAAAAAAAAGCCAAACAAAUAAGCUGUAUGUCCUGCAUAAUUGAUUUUAUGGGUGGAUUUUUCUUAAAUAUCUGCUUCAGCUAUGUGAAUGUAAUGUUCUGUAAGAGCAUCAUCUGGCUGACUCACAUGUGAGGAUGCAAUAACACUAAAGAUCCUCUUUUUGCACUUAGGACCUGACUCCAGCCCACUGCAGCCUCCUUCAUUUCAGUGAGGUCUGGAUCAGGUCAAACUGACAACUCAGGGUUGUCACCAAUCACUUAGGGUCCCAAAGCGUCCCAGGGCUGAAACCUGUAUCUAGCAAGUGUUGAAGUUUACAUUAAUGUAUGUACUUUUGGAACACGUGCCAUAAAUCCAAGCUACAUGUCCAUGUUUGCACUAAGGAUGUUCUUGUGAUAAGACUUUUUCAGCAUCUUUAACAAUAAUGUAUCUAUUGAACUUUUGAGAAAGGAAAAAGAAUGUCGAAGAGUCAUAAUUUAACUUUGUGUUUGUCUAGUUUGCUUUUGUAGAACAUAGGUAGGUACAGGUGGUUUGAACUUCUAAGCAGAUGUGUGCAAAGAGCACCUGAGUGUGUGGAAGCAGGGUUAAUAGUGUGCAUGCAGUAGUGAAUUUGCUCUGCCCCAGCCAAAUGAGAUGUUUAUACCACAGACUAAAGGGGGACCUUUGUGAUCUUUUAUUUGUGAACCAGUCCUUAGGCACAGUCCCAAGUUCAGUUAAAGCAUCCUGGGUUAGUUUUGUGACCAUUUUUGUGUAGAGGAAUUGUGGAGCUGCUCACUGGCUGUGCUUGCAUGGGGGUUCCCCAGCUCACAGUGGCCAUUUCUCCACUCUGGGUCUCCAGGUUUGGGGUGACCCUUGUGCACCCUCAGAGCUGGGCCCAGCUCAGUUAGGACUGAGCAACACCAAGAGCCAGAAGAUCCUUCAGCCACUGGCAGUCACAGUGCAGAGAUGUUCAGCCACUGAAUAUUCUUCUCAUCUACUUUCAAAUCAAUCACAGUGCACUAAUUAGGUGGGAAAGUAGGAGUGUCUUAAGUUCCUGUUGGGGCUGUUUAUAGUGGUAACAAUUAUUGUGGUAACAAUGCACAUUUUGAGGUACAACUGUAAAUAUUUGUCUGAAACAGAGCACACAUUGCAUAUUAAAUGAUUUUAAUCUUUUUUUGUCUUCCAUAGUUUUAAAUCUAAGCUUUUAUUAAUUUAUGGGGUUGAUAAGUUCUGCAAAUCUGAAUGUACAGUCUGAGGUUUUUAACAUUUUAAAUUUUGCACACAUGGUAUGUUCCCCUGAGUAUGCUGUUGAACUAGGCUCUUCAUGUAUAUGUAUAAAUUACAGUAGAGAAUUUUCUGACUGCAAGUUUAAAUAAACUAUAUUGUAUAUGUACCUGUAAAAAUGUGUUAAAUCUAUAUUUAAAGAAUAAAAACUUGUUAAAUAAAUCCAUCUGAGAAUAUGUAAUUCUGUUCAAAGAUGCAUCUGCUAGAAUACUAGAGAAAAAAAAAAAAAGAGUUCACAGCGUUGGUUUUACUUCAUUUCCUUGGAACAACUUAAAACCUUCUUACGUGCAUUUUGAUUUUAAGGCAAGCAGUGGCAGAUGAUCCAGUUAGUUUCCUGCUGCCACCCUGCCCUGACUCAGGGUGCCCCCAGCCCCAGCCCCUCCUGCACCCAUCCCAGCACAGCUCAGGGUGUUCCCA